UUACCGGACUUUUAAUGUUUUGAAACCAAAUGGCUUUUUCGUAUGAUUUUCUGAUUCAUUUUUUUUUCGUGAUAACAUUUUCUCAAGCUCUUCUAAUAUUUGAGAAAUGCACCAGACACUCUCAAUGUCCUGCUAACGCUAGAUGUCGCCCUAACGGGUGCGAGGGAUAUAUGUGUCAGUGUGUUUCACAAUUCGUGUAUACUGACGAUAGAUCACAAUGUGUUCCAGGUAAACUAAUGGGAGAGGAUUGUGAUGGAAAUCUAAACAGAUGUCUCUCUCCGUUCGCCGUUUGUAUGGAUAGUGUGUGUCAGUGUAAUGAGCUAAUGGAACCAACUUCUGACGGCCAUUGCAAGUCCCCUUUUGAAGCUGAACUCCACCAUCCGUGUGUUGACAAGAUUUGUGUUCUGUCAACCGUAUGUGAUGGCGAUGUCUGUGUUUGUCCAGAAGACAAACGGGAGAUAACCCCGAAAGAGUAUUGGUUAGAUCCUCUGAAGGCUCGAAAAUGCGUUGACAAAAAUUACUCUGUAGACCAAUGUCAUGGUCAAGAUCUCCAAGUACCAGAGGAUCUUUUGAUGGAUGAAAACAAUGUUAUUCAAAGUAAUAAUAGUGUAAGUCAGAUAGUGGACGAGGUUCAAGCAAACGAUUUUAUGUCGGAAAAUAUGCCUUCAAAUACGGGACAAGACAUUGUUGUUUCUGAAAAUAAGGAUGACAGCAAGGAAAUCCAUGGGAAGUUAAGUGAGAAAGACAACUCUAAUCCAGAGGAUAUCAAAAGUGGGGAACCGUUAAAAAAUCACGAUGAAAAGACUGGUAAUAAAGUUGAAGAUUGGACAGGUAUCAAAGAUCCUUCAUAUUCUGAUGUUGUCAAUUCAAACGUGAUGUCAUCCAAAACACAGGUAAACGACCAUUUCUCAAAUAAUUCAGACGACACAACUUCUGAAAUGCUUUCAUCUUCGAAAAAUUCACAGCUCAAGACUCAUCCUGAAUAUAUUGACACAAAUGUAAAGGAAGGGGAGAUAGAUACGGUACCCUCUGACAUAACAGAGGAUUUUCCUGCAAACGCUCUCUCCAAUAAGAAACUGCCCUCUAAAGAGGGUUUUACAGGAUCUUCGGACAAUCAAAAUGCAACCUUAAAGAUAAGAAACUCUUCGCAUACUACUGAACAAAGUAAUCAUGUAAACAAUGAUAUAUUAAUGGAAAGUACCGAAGGGAAUUUUCACAAUGCACACAAUUUUAUUAAUAAAACUGUGGUGUCUUUACUUAGAAGAAACAAUGAAGGGAAAUUGAAUCAAUUAAUUAAGCUUUUGAUGGGAAGGUUAUCAGAAAGGAAUAGGAAAGUUGACAUAUAUCAUGGAUGUAGCCUGGAUGAGGAGUGUCCCGAGCAUGCGCAAUGUAAGAGAAGAGGAUGUAAUUCACAAAAACAAUGUUUGUGCAGGAUUGGAUUUAUGACGAACGUGAAUGGAACUUACUGUGUCCCAGACGGUUCCCGUGCUUGUUUAAUAAACGAGUUUACAUGUGAAGGUUCUAGAUGUGUGCCCUACUCCUGGGUAUGUGGUGGCAUCACCGACUGUCCUCAAAACGACGACGAAACCAAGUUUUGUUCUUCACAUAGGAUGGAUGUUUUGCCAAGGCAGCAUCACGAAGAAAUUGACCGUUUAGAAGAUAAACUUGAACAUGAAGCUUUAAUGCGUAUGCAUUUAGAGCGAAGUAUACAGGAUUUACGUGAUGUUAUAAAGGAAAUAAAGCAAAAUAACGAUAUUGCUGAAAGCGAAAAGACGAACCUAAUAACUCACGACAAGCCAGAUCCAACAGCAUUACAAACACCAUCACUGAUGGGAGAAGAUAGACAAAUCUCAACAUGGAACGAUCCUUUAUACGAUGGUUUUAUUGACAACAUUCAAAACAAAUUGAAAGGAUCUGCAGUUUAUACGCUUUGGGGAGGGAAGGUGUGUCCGAAACAUGAAAACACAAGGACAAUAUACACAGGUUUUAUGAGUUCCAGCGGCACAGAGUUAGACAGAGGAGCUGUGGGCGACUUCCUUUGUCUCCCUCAAGUUCCAGAAUAUGAUUCCUCAUCGUCUGUAAAAAAGGUGUUAAAUGAACAAAAAAACGUCGUUUCUGGAUUCACCUACCACUUAAGCUGUUCAGUUUGUCAGGUACAGCUUGUGUCUACCGUCCUGAUGAUCCCGGCCAAAGUGACCUGUCCGGCAGAGUGGAGGUUGGAAUAUGUGGGAGUCUUGGUCACUGCUGGUGUAAAGAAAGGAGAGGGUGGUACGCGCCAUAUUUGUAUUGAAAAGACAGCUUUCUAUGAUGGUGGAAUUGAAGACAGUAGGGACAAGGGUCCGUACUUGUUUCCUGUUGCUGUAGAGUGUGGAAGAAUCCCUUGUCUCCCAUACAAAAAGAAUGACAAUUUGUCCUGUGUAGUAUGCUCAUUUUGAAAAUAUAAAUUUUCUUUUGUUGAAAAUAAAUUCAUGUCGACAUAAAAAAUAACCAAAACAAAAAAUAUCGGUGUUGAAAAGGAGAAAAUGAUUGUAAAAGCCUUUAUUGAGGAUUAAGGUAACAAGUUGACCCCUUUGCUGAAAAUGAAUGCAUUUCAACUUAAUAAUAAAAUCGGUGUUGUAAAGGAGAAAAUGCUAAUUAAAGCCUUCAUAGAGGGUUAAUUUAUCUGUUGCCCGUGAUAAAUGUUUGGUAAAUUUAAAUGCACAAUUCAGAUAAUAAAUAUACUGUAUA